UUUCUGGCUAACUGCAGUUUAGCAGCGCUGCUCCUGGUAGAUAACGGGAGAUCUCGGCAAGGGUUUGAAUCCGAGUCCGAAGAGCCGCCGCCAGCUCUUGAGCCCCUCCGACUGGGGAGGUUGGGAAGGGGAAUUGGAGCGCGCGCUCCUCCGCCUUGUGGACGGUGGGAGGAGCCGAGCGACCGGGGAGAACGCCGGUGGGUCCCACCUGCAGUUGAUGUGCGAGAAGGAGCGGCCAGGGCAAAGCAAGGCAAGGGACAAUUUCUUUCGCUGCAUGCCUGGCGUAUUAGACGGAACCUUUACGUCUCCUCCGCUCGCUCUUUUCCCGCUCCGCGUUCUCUGUUGCUGUCUCGUCCUUCUUCUCCCCCUUUGCUGCUUCGCUUUCUGCCACCUUGCCGAACUAUGGAGACGUCCGGAGAUGAGCUGAGCAGCACCCCCGAACCUACCAUCGUGCAGCCUUCCGGACCCACUUCUCCUCCGCCAGCCUACCCUUCCCGGGGCCCGCAGCAAGGGGAGCCGCUGCGCUUGGGGGAGGAGGUGCAGUUCAGUGAAGAGCUGGAAGAUAGAGGUUUACUAGAAAGCAGUACAAGACUAAAACCUCAUGAAGCUCAAAGCUACAGGAAGAAGGCACUGUGGGUUUCGUGGGCCUCCAUUAUUGUCACAUUGGCUCUGGCAGUUGCUGCCUUCACUGUCUCCGUAAUGAGGUACAGUGCUUCAUCAUUUGGAUUUGCUUUUGAUGCCACUUUGGAUGUGUUGUCAUCGGUGAUAGUUCUGUGGCGCUACAGCAACGCAGCUGCAGUACAUUCAGCACACAGAGAAUACAUAGCCUGUGUCAUCUUGGGUGUGAUAUUUCUCCUAUCUUCUCUGUGUAUAGUGAUCAAAGCCAUUCAUGACCUUGCAAUUAAAUUGCUUCCAGAAGUGGAUAACUUUCUAUACAGUGUUUCUGUUUUAAGUGGAAUCCUUUGCACUACCUUAGCAGUGAUCAAAUUUAUGUUGGGGAAUGUGCUUACAAGCAGGGCAUUGUUAACUGAUGGUUUCAACUCUCUGGUAGGAGGAAUAAUGGGAUUCUCCAUACUUAUAAGCGCAGAAGUUUUUAAACACAAUGCUUCUGUUUGGUAUCUGGAUGGAAGUAUAGGCAUUCUAAUUGGACUGACAAUAUUUACCUAUGGAGCUAAGCUACUUAUGGACAUGGUUCCCCGUGUACGGCAAACACGUCAUUAUGAAAUGUUUGAAUAAAGAUAGAGCUUCGUGAACUGAAUAGAUUUUGCAAAAUGUGAUGACGUCCUACAUCCUGGCAAGUGGUGCCAAUUAUAUUUACAAGAUUGCACUUUGUUUCUCAUGGUAUAUUCUUUUUACAUUAUAUUUUCAAGAGGAGGUCUAUCUGUACAAUUAGGCAAAUACGUGCACCGCUUAGAACUUGGCAAAAGUAGCAACAGCAGCCGUUUUCUUUUGUGUGUGCUAUUUAAAAUCCUGCAAGCGGUAAUUGAAAUGAACAAAGUUCACAGUUCUAAUCAAGCUGCUAUGUUUUGUCUUCUGGAAUUUCAAGAGUUCUUAAACUCAACAACUGCCUGUAGAAAUGAGCCAAAUCCAAAAGGGUAGCCACAGUAGUUUCUUACCAUGGCACCUUAAGGACUAACAGGUUUAUUAUGGCAUGAGCUUCUAUAGGCAAGGGACUACUCCAUCCAGUAUAGACAAGAGAUGGCUUUUAGUUAUGUUGCCAACAACGUUCCAGGAUGUGCCAGCAAAAUGAAACAUUGCCAAUUUCUUCUGCAUAGAACUCCGUGGUAUAUUGUACUUAGCUCAUGGAUGCCGACAGACACCACUUGAUGCAUGGAAUUAAUUCUUCCCCUACAGCAGAUGAUGUCCCAGCCUCAAAACAACCCCUUCCUCCAAACUGCCCCAUAUUCAGAUUCAAAUUAUCUGGUGAUAAUUUCAUACUAUUUUAUAAAAUUCUCUGCACUACAUAAAUUUGAAGAAACACAUACAAUAUAUUAAGCUGCACAGGUAAAAUAAGCACAAGGUGUAUGAUAUGCAGGCAAAGCCAAAAAAUAAAAAGAGGGGUACAGAUUGAUUAUAUGUAUUUGAUUAUAUCAUGCACAUAUGGCAGUAUGUAUGGGUAAAUACAUGGGUGUCCUAUUGUCUGGUAAAAGUGAAGCAGUGGUGGUUUCAAGCUGGUAGUAAGAUAGCCUUUCUGUUAGGCUAUUCUGUAGGUGUUCCAUGUUCCCACCCACCAUCUCAUGUAAUUUAAUGUCUGGAUUACAAGUUAUGAUUCCUACCAUGUAAAUCAAUAAAGCUGUUACCUAUUU